AUUAUUUGACAACAAUGUCAGGUUCUUCCAGCUUAGUUGCAGCUGGAUUUCUUAUUUUUAGACGAUUGCAAAAUAAUUUUGAAUAUCUGUUGCUCCGGACAUCGUAUGGAAUACAUCAUUGGACACCUCCUAAAGGUCUGUCUUGCUCAAAAAGUACUUAAGCUAAAAAGUUGAUUCUGGUUUAAUUUUUUUAUUUGAAAUUUGCUCUGUGUUAUUAAAAAAAUUAUUUCAAUUUUUUUAAAUUUUGUAUUCAAGUACCUACCCAUAAUAAUAAUACACAAUAACUUUUUUUUAAUAGAAAAACUAUACAAAAAUUUGAAAUAGAAGAAUUUAAACAAUUUAAUGUUUGAAAAUGGAAUUAUGCAUAGUUCUCCCCCAAGGUGACAAUGAAGUUUUAAAAAAUAUAAGUUCCACAAAAUCGGUUGUGGUACAUGAAUUUACGUAAAUAUGAAGGGGAAAGAUCACGGCUUGUGCCAAACUGCCUUUUCAGUUUACGCUUUUUGAGCAUCCACGUUUUCCACAUUCUGUGUGUGGACAUCCACAUCAUCUGGAUCAAAAAAAAAAUAAUUUUGUUAAUGCACCAUCUUAGAUGCUGAAUAAGGGGUCUGACGAAUUCAGCAGUAGUGUGGACAGCCACCAUUCCUCUUCAUUUCGUAUCUGAUCUGUAUCAAACAUUUCAGACAUCGGCACUUUUGUAGUCUCUUUGUCUUCCUGGCAUAUUGGUAGCUUGGCAGUAAUAAUUAUUUACAUGUAUUAGUAUUGUGCUAUAUAACUUAUACGGAAGCAAAAAUAUUAACAGACUCCAAUGUAAGAAUAGUUGUUUAAAUAGCCCUUCCAAACGGAACAACUGGAUUUUUUCUUGGCCGACGCUCAAGUGGUAGACUACCCUAUUACUACUACUAUUAAUUACUAGUCUAUUAAGUCAUUAACUAUUAGUGACUUGUAAGUUGUGUAAGCCGCAAGCCGUAACGAAUGAGUCAAAUACAAAUCAUAGGCUGAUGAUAAGCUUAUGAACUUCGCUCAGUCUCAGUUUCUAAAUUUAGAAUAGCAAAGCUGAUAGGCACUGAUCACUGCUAGCUAAUGAGAUUUAGGCUUCCUGAUGUCCAGCGUUGAAUUUGUUGCCAAUGUUGCACCGCCAUUUUUUAUUUAUCUUGUGCAAAAAAAAAUUUUUUAUAAAUCCAGUGGAAAAACUGUUCAAAAACCUGUAUGGCCUUAAACCUUGACAAACUUAUAAAAAUAAAAGAAGGUACUUCUGUAAAGCAAGGGAGACUACUAAAACAUUUUUAUGGGAAAUGGGCGUCAGCGCAGGAUAAUCCGAGUUUUUAAUUUUUGGACGUCGAUGCUUUUGCAUUAAUAAAAGGACUAUUUUGUCAUAAAAUUGUGAUUUCCUUCCAGAUGCAUAAUAGGGGACAUCGUGACCUACAUUCCAAUGUAUUGUUUUGCCUUUUUUGAUUGACCUUAAUAAUGGAAAUUCAUAGGUAUAUUAUAUAAGGCAUCUUUCCUCCAAAAUUUGUAAGAAAUUCAAAGUUAAUGUAUUUCAUAUUAAAUCUUGAAAAGCAUUAUAUAUUGAAUGAUGUAUACAUUUGUCAAUUCUCAUUGAUGUAGGUUGUGUCCGACGUAUGUUACGCUUGUCCCCAUAACCUGCAUUACCAAUAAGGUCGACCUAUUUUUAAUGGCAGAAGAUGCCAAUAGUUAGGAAAUAUUUAAUUAUUACAACUAUUUACAUCAAACCAUUUGAUAACUUAUGUUUUAGAAUGAAUUUAGAUGUAAUUUAAAGAAGAAUAUUUUAAUUUGAGGUUCAAAAACCUGGUAGAGUCCAUAUCAUAUUAUAAAUUACUGUAUCAUAAUUUGCUCUGUGCAAAACAUGUCAUGGGCAGCCAUUCACAGUCACUUGCAUAAUGGCUAUACUGUAUUACUGUCUCAGAGUUUAAUUCAUAAGAGUUUGCUAUGUGCAAAAACUAUUAAACCAUUGGUCAGGGACAGCUUUAAUUAAUUAGUUAUGUGCCAAAGUUGAAAGUUAAAAAUAAGUAAUCCUAAACAGUGUUAAUUUUGAGGUCCUAGCCAUUGGAAAAAUAUUCCUCAUUUUAAUUUUGCUUGAUAAAAAAAAUUGUUUACCCUUUCCAAGUAUCAGUGGAAAGUAUGGUUAGGCUUCGCUAAUGAAAAACUUGCAAGUUUUGGCUGAACGGCUUCUCUCAGACUGAAAUUACAAUAAUAUAAAACAGUCCAAGACAUUAAUGAUGUUAACGCGGUAAUUCAAAUCAGGAGAAAAGUAAUAGUAUAAUGAAGCUUAGACUACUAUUACAGAUACAAUGCUUUUCUAACUAUAAUUUAUUGUGAAUGUGUGAACCUGAAAGUCUUCUUUGCUAUACUGGUAAAAAAAUUGUUACAUGGUAAUGUUGAAAUAUGACAUGAGUACCUGAAAAAUUCUUACCAAAAUAUAUAUUUAUGUUAGUUUUUAAAUUUUGUUGUUUUUUAAAAAAUAAAAAAUCUUACAAUUCUUUACAAAUAGGACAUGUGGACCCUGGAGAAACUGAGUUUGAGACAGCAUUGCGUGAAACAGAAGAAGAAGCAGGUAUUUCAAAAGAGCAGCUGAAAAUUUUUAAAGAAUUUGAAAGAGUUCUUCAUUACAGUGUUAAAGGGGAACCCAAACGAGUAGUCUAUUGGCUAUCAGAACUAUGUAACCCUAAAGAUCCUGUGAGAUUAUCUAAUGAACACCAAGAGUAUAAGUGGUCACGGCUGGAUGAAGCAUGCGAGCUUGUACAAUAUCCUGAUAUGAUUUCCUUGUUAAAAGAAGCUAAUGGAUAUAUUACAGAGCUAUAUAGAUCCAAAUAAAUAUUCUAAACUAGUUUCUUCAUUCCAAGGGGAAGUCAUCAUGUCUUAGUACAAAAUCUGAUAGUCCCACUCAUUUUGGAUUUAUCAUUUAAAAAAUUAUAAAAAAUUUUAAAUACCCGGUACUGGUACUUGGUACAUGAUUUGUAGAUUUUUUAUGUAUAAAUCUAAAAAAAAAAUCUUUAAUGUUAUAAUUUUAAAAUGUAAUUAUUGGUGACAAUUUGUUUCUGUUAAUGAUGGUAUCGUAUAUUUAAUGUUAGUUUGUUUUUUUGUUUUUUUUUAAGUGUCUUUACUUUUUAAACCUUCUUACAUGAAUAUCAAUACCGGGUACUUUCAACUUAAAAGCAGGCUUGAGCAAUUUUUUCCACUUGCUUCUCUUAGGAGUGGCAAGAUGCCAAGUUAAAAUGAUGACUUCUAGCCAGGCUAAUUUUUAAAAAAUAUGAAUUCCACCACUGAAUGCACAUUAGAACUUAAUAUAAAACUUAUUUUGCAAAGGAUCACAUAUUAUUAUUAUUUCAAUAACGGGAAUUGAUAAUAAAAUAGUGAAAAUUAUAUUAUAUUAAUUUAAUCAUAUAACCAUAUUUGCUUUAAAUUUAAUCAGAUUCAUUGAACUUUGUCAGUGAUAACAGUGUUCAUAGUUUUUUUUAAAAUGGCUGUACAUAUCAAAGAUUGUAUAAGUAUAAGAGAUACUAAUGAGAAAUCUCCAGACUAAAGAAUGGAACAAAGUAUUUCCUUGACAUGACUUAUUACAUUUUCUUAAGACAUUCUAUGGGCCAGCUCUGGAUCAUUGCAUGUCUGCCUGGUUUUAAGUUUAAAAUUUAGACAAUUCCUCUCCUUAUAAUUUUUUCAUUUAUAUUUUAUUAUGAUUAUUUUAUUCUUUUGUUUAAUACAUCUGUUUAACAUACAGUGUUUAACAACUGUUACAAAAAAUUUCAGUACCGGUACCAGUACUUUUUUAAAAAAUCAUCUGGAACAGUAGUUAAAAUGUAAGUUUUCUAAUAAUUUCUAUACUUUGUAAAUGAUCGAAAGAUGUUUGAUCUAUGUCCUGUUUUAAAAAUAAAAAAAUUUAAAACUUUUUUUUGUUUUCAUGUUUUAAUUUUAAGUGUUAUUUUUGGUUUUUGUCCCAUGAGGUUAAAAAAUAUUUGUGCUACCGGUAACAAAAUUUAUUAAAUAGGGAUAUCAUAUUAUAAGAAGGGUACAGGGUUGCCGAGCAGUCUAAACUGAGUCAAUCCAAAAAAGAUGGUGGUCUGAAGUUCAAUCCUUAGAUAAAGCCUAAACAAGCAAAGACAUCCCCAGGACCCAGGACGGCAAAUAAGAGAAGGCAAACUCUGAAUUCCAACCCGGAGAUGGAGUCCCAAAGGUGGAUAACAUUGACACAAUGAAUAUUCCAGCAA